AUGGGCAUCAGUGAGUUGUCUGACGAAUUGCUGAUAAAAAUAUUAUCGUUUCUUCCUACCAAAGAUGCUGUGUCCACUAGCAUCUUGUCCAAACAAUGGGAGUUUCUUUGGAUGUGGCUGCCUAAACUUGAGUACACUAGUAGAUACUAUCUAGAGUCUACAUGCGAGAGGUUAAAGUGUUUUCUUGACAGAAAUCUGCCAUUACAUAGAGCUCCGGUUAUUGAAAGCUUCCACCUCGAGUUUGGUGCAAAACAAUUUAAGCCUGAAGAUAUCAAACUGUGGGUUCUAACUGCAGUUUCUCGCAACGUACGAGAGCUGGAGAUUUCUCAAAUUUAUUCUUUGAGCUUGCCGAACAACAUAUUCCCGAGUAGCUUGUAUACCUGCAAAACGCUCGUGACCUUGAAACUCAACGGAGACAUUCUCAUGGAUGUUCCUCGUAUGGUUUGUCUACCUUGUCUCAUAACUUUGCGACUUGUACGGGUGACAUACCUCAAUGAAGAUUCUCUUCAACGGCUUCUAUCUAAUUGCUCUGUUCUUAAAGAUCUAUCUGUUGAAAGAGGUUUAUUUGAUAAUUGGAGAAAGUUCAUUGCUAUCGUCCCGUCAUUGAAACGUUUAAAUUUUCGUACAGCUCAUGAUUUAGAUGAGAUUGUGAUAAAGACUCCUUCUUUGAAGUACUUGGAUUUUACAUAUUAUAGUUCUAUGAUUCACCACUGUUUGAUUGAGAUUUAG